AACAAGCAAGAUGCCGGAGCAAAGUAAUGAUUACCGAGUGGUUGUGUUUGGAGCUGGUGGCGUUGGUAAGAGUUCUUUGGUACUUCGUUUCAUACAGGGGACCUUCCGGGAGACAUACAUCCCCACUGUUGAAGAUACGUAUCGCCAGGUGAUCAGCUGUGACAAGAGCAUCUGUACUCUUCAGAUCACAGACACCACUGGAAGCCACCAGUUCCCUGCCAUGCAGAGACUCUCCAUCUCUAAAGGCCAUGCAUUCGUGUUGGUGUACUCUGUGACCAGCAGGCAAUCCGUAGAGGAGCUCCAAGCAAUCUAUGAGCAGAUCUGUCAGAUCAAAGGAGACGUUCAGAAAGUCCCAAUUAUACUGGUAGGAAACAAGAGCGAUGACCCUCAGAGAAAAGUGGACACUGGUGAAGGAGAAGUCCUCGCCACAAAAUGGAAGUGCUCCUUCAUGGAGACCUCGGCCAAAAUGAACUACAACGUGCAGGAGCUCUUUGAAGAGCUCCUUAAUUUGGAAAAGAGAAGGAAUGUAAGUCUGCAGGUGGAUGGCAAGAAAUCGAAGCAGCAGCGAAAGAGGGAUAAACUGAGAAGCAAAUGUUCUGUGAUGUGACGCCUGCCGUGUGGCUAAAAUAAGAGCGUAGUCUUGAUCUUGCAGAACAUCUAUUCAGAGAAAAUUCUGAAUAUAGAGGUUUUCAGAGGCUAAGUAUACCUUUUAAGAUGUUAGUAGUAAAUGUGGGUUGGCUCAUUUGAAUAUUUACUUAAGGGCUGUUGGAUUUUGCAUGUUCCAUUUUGCACAAGCAUCAGCCAUGCCCACUGCAAACCAGUCAGAUACCGUUCUGUGGUCAAGUGCAUGAUAAAAGUGGAAUAAAUAAUCU